GCCAACUCACUCCUCUUCGCGUUCUUCUACUCUUCAAAAGAAAAGAAAAGAAAAGAAUAAUAAUAAAAAAAUCCCCAAAACUUCAAUCAAAGUGAACAAUACUUAAAGAUACAAAAUUUCAAUUUGUCUGUCUUCCUGUCCUCCAUUUCCAGUUUCUAAUCAUUCAAUUCCAAUGAUUUUAUUGCAACCUCAUUCCAGAUUUCUCCUUCAAACCUUGACCAAUCGGGUUAAAAAUCUUGACAAAGCUGUUGAACUUGAUCACCAAUGGGUCGAAUUCGAUGACGUCCGCUAUCACAUUCAGGUGUCAAUGAAGAACACAAAUGCCGUGUUGUUAUCAGUUUCUUUGCCUAUUCCGCCUCCAGAGACUGUCUUUAUAGGCGGACUUCCUUUCGGAGCUAUCGACGCUAUAAAGGCCGCUUACGGAACAGCUGUUCAGAUUCUUGAUCCGCCCAGAGAUGGCUUUAAUCUCACUUUGAAACUCAAUUUGUCUAAACUUCCUACUGAUGAAGACAACAGGCAAGCUGUUUUGGUUAAGAUUGCAUCAGUUAGAGAAGUUGUACUCGGUGCACCUCUAAAAGUAGUUCUCAAACAUCUUGCUUCGAGGACUGUUGCUCCUGAUAUGGACCGGCUUCUUGCCCUUGUGCAUCGGCCGAAUGAGUCUUUUUUUCUUGCUCCUCAGGCAGACAAGGUUACUGUGGUGUUCCCUAUGAGAUUCAGCGAUUCCAUAGAUAGUGCUCUGGCAACUUCCUUCUUGCAGGAAUUUGUAGAAGCAAGGCGGGCAGCUGGACUUAAUAAUGCCCCUCCAUGUUUGUGGCAUCCUACUCCCCCUUUAGAGUUGAAGGAUGUUCCUACAGAAGCAUUAUCAGCAAAUGCAGGAUUUGUAUCAUUUGUCAUUUCUCCUCGCCAUGUGGAAGGGAAAAAGUUGGACCAUACAGUGUGGAAUUUAUCCACGUUUCAUGCAUAUGUUAGCUAUCAUGUUAAGUGCUCAGAAGGUUUCAUGCAUACUCGCAUGCGGCGACGUGUGGAGUCUCUGAUUCAGGCCUUGGAUCGUGCAAAACCGAACUCGGAAGAAAAAACGAAAUCACCAAAUAGCAGAUCUUUCAAACGGCUGAGUCUGAAAGAAUCUCGGAGUAAUUCGAAAUCCUGAAGGUGAAAAUUGCAGCCUACCGCACUUGAAGAAAUUGCUCAUGUGGUGCAGGCAAAGCUGCUGCAUGUGCUUGUACGGUACCAUUCUUUCCAGUGAAAGAAAAACGGAAAAUUGAAAAUAUUUAGUUCUAAAUUGUACAAAUUUGUUUGUUAAUUAAUUGGCUCAACUGGAAAUUGUGGAUUGUUUUUAGGCCAAAUUUUGUUAACUAAUAUUUUCUUAACCAAUUUGUUAUACCUGUUUCGUGCA